AUUGUUUAUUAGUUUUAAAGUAAAGAAAAUGGAAACACUUCCCUGUCGCGUUACAACACGGAAGUUCCGCCGCAAAGCAUUAUGGUAUCUGUAGUUCAGGAUAGACAGCAACAACGUGUACGAGUCAAACUCCCGCUAUGGCAUUUAGUUUUAAUUUCAACAUUUCAUCGCAGUUAAAACAGAGCUGUAACAAUGACACUCUGGACGAGAAAGAAGAAAAUGAAAAUCAAGAUACGACGAAGAACCAAAGCAAGGCUAAAGAGACCAGUGCACCUAAGAAGGUGAAGGAAGCCCAAGAGCAUAAAUAUACACCAGAUCUUUUCUCACACAUUGAGAACUCAGUCCCUGAGACAGUCACUAUAGGUGCAUUACCACCUCUUCUUUACCUAAACGAAUCUGUUUUUGAGCAAACUGCCCCUGAGCGAGACGAUGCUGAGAAAGUCCUGUCUCAAACCAUCACCCAGAACUCUGAUCUUAUAACCGGAGUGUAUGAAGGAGGUCUUAAAAUCUGGGAAGGCACCCACGAUCUGCUCGAGUAUGUAGAUGAUGAAGGGAAGACGUUCUCUGGAAAAAGGGUUCUGGACCUGGGCUGUGGAGCUGGGCUUCUUGGCAUUCUUGCAUUAAAGAGAGGGGCAAGUAAAGUCCACUUCCAAGAUUAUAACAGCACUGUGAUCGAGCAGCUCACAAUCCCAAAUGUGUUCCUCAACUGUGAGGAAGAGGGUGGUGAUGAGAAUAAAGGAGAUGAAGACGGCAGCCCAGCACCUAAACGAAGAUCCAUGGAGAAAAAUCUCACACUUGCAGACCGGUGCAGUUUUUUCUCAGGGGAUUGGGUUUCGUUUCUCACACUGAUACAAAGUCAAGAUCCCACACUGAAAUACGAUCUGAUCUUCACAUCAGAAACAAUCUACAACACAGAUUACUAUCCUUCUCUUCAUGCCGUGUUUCAUAAACUGCUUUCUGAGCAUGGAGUUGUCUAUUUGGCAACAAAGUCUCACUAUUUUGGAGUUGGAGGUGGACUGUAUUUGUUUGAGAGGUUUGUGGAAGAAAAAAAUGUCUUCCAAAUCAAAUCUCUAAGGGAACUGGAUCAGGGACUUAAAAGGCAUAUUGUUUCUUUGAGGUUCAAGAAAUCACUCUCGUAGUACUUUCUAUCCUUGUAAGAUCGGCUAUAUGAAUGAUUUGCUGAUACAGAGGCUGUCUGUCAUUAUUGCAACCUUGAAGAGUAAAGGAAAGGUCAUUCAUUAAAAGUAGUAAUUAUGAAAAGCUUGCGAUGUGAUUAGAAAUUCUGGUGCUGUAUUUUCACUAUUUCUGUGAGAAAUUAGGGGUUGUGUGGCACACUGGUGUGGUGUAUCAGAGGAGGUAGAAAUGUGUUUACAAGAAGAAAAAUAAAUUCAAACAUGAGUCAGGUUUUACCCUUAAAACAAAAGAACAAGACUACCCCCCCCAUUUGCCAUUUCCUGCAGUGCACUGCAGUUAUGUGAUGCAGCCAUGCUGAGUUACAGCAGUUCAGUUGAUUCAAACUAAAAAAGUCUACUGAAUUUCAUAACAAAUUUAUAAUUUUUUAUUACAUCAAUAAAUUUCCCCUUGAAGCAAAAGGCUUGCUGGGCAGCUAAUGAACAUGUAUUAAAUGGAGUGUUGAUAUUUUGUCUAUUAUUCUUAAUUCUGCCACAGCUUGAGUUUGAUUCCUGGGCAGGGAACCAACCCAGCCAAUGAGAACUUAACUCUCAGUCUGAGGCUCAGAUGGCAAAACGUGAGGGUUGCAUCAGGAAGGG